GGAUGAGUAGCCUGUCCUGGAAUCGACAAUUUGUGGAACUAGUGAACAACGUGAUCCACCUAACAACACACAUAGAUGGCAUGUUUGGACCGCUCUACUUGGAAGAUGGUUGGGUAUAGUCAAGUUAGACUACACAUCUUCUCGCUAUACAAUUUAAUCCUGGAGCUUUUCUUCAACACGUAUGUGGUCUACGAGUUGCUCUUACUGUCCUGGAUCGCAGCUUUCAAUAGGUUCUUAAAGAUUUACGCACAGGAAUGGAACCCUUCCAAAAAGCAGCGCUUGCAGUUUCUUGAAUUGUUUAAUCUAUAUUCAAGAAUUUGCAUUAUUCACCAGGAUAUCCAGCAUCUGUGGCUGCCAUUAACAAGUGUUAUUUUCUCCGACAUUUUAAUGCUAGUGUCCAAUUGGUCCUAUGCCAUAUCCUGCUUCCUGUUGGAUAACUUUGCCGAAGGAAGCGAUUGUAAUUGGAAAUAUGGAAUACCCGUUACCGCCGGCCAGGCUUCCCUUUUACGUAUUGUAUUUCUCGGUCUUUGCAACGAUCGAUUGGCACUACAGCAGUGCUUUUUUAGAUUGCAACUCCUGGUUAUUAGCUUAAAGGAUCAGGAUCAGCUGGGUCAGAACUUCGUCUGGGAUGUAAAUAAUCUGCAAACCUGCUUCGAUCUCCAGCUGUGGGCCCAGCCGAUCAGGAAUCAGAUUAUGAGCGUCAAUCAGGAAUUCGGAUGCUCGUUUGUACUUGACUUCUUCUUUUGCGCACUGCUAAACGCCUUGGGCUGUGUGCAGUAUAGAUUAUCCGUGAAUAUUCGUUCCUACCACUUCUUAGAUACCAUGACUUGA